AUGGCCCGCCUACCCCCCCGCUCUAUCUGGCUGUCGCUCGCACUCGUUUGCGCGCACCUGCUCGUUCCCAAUGCCGCGGCGAAGAACAUUGUGCCUGAGAUGGAACAGGGUUUCCUUUCGACUGGUCUGCGGAUCAAGCCACCCCCAUUCCUACUGCCGCCGUCUUGUCACAUAGCACAAUGCGAUACACUGUCGAUUACAUGGGGUCGGAGGAGCGGCACGGGCCCGAGUCCCAUCGCGCCCUACUACCUCCAAGUAUACACCUCCACGUUUAUCGUCCCCUUCGUGAUUCCCGCCGGAAGCGGGCAGGCGUUCAACUGGCCCGUCCCAUUCAUCCCCGGGACCCAGUUUCAAAUAUGCAUGUUUGCUAGCAACGGGGUCUCGGGUGGCUGCCAGCAGGUGUACACCGUUUACCAGGCGCCGGGCACCACGCUUGCGGACCCUCCGACGUGCCAAAAUUUGACGUACCCGGCAGGAGCACUGGAUGUGACGGCAAAGAUGAACGAUGGGUCGUGGUCGACAUUCGGUUGGAUCAACCAGUGUUCCGACAUCACUAUCAAGCCCAAUAACGGCACGCCUCCCUACACAUAUACAGUUUCUCCUGCGCUGCGCCCACCAUUCAACUUCACGUCGAUACACAGACCAAGUGGAUUGGACGGUCACUCUGUUCCACAACAACGCACCCCCGAGCCCUCUCCACUCCGCCAGCAGCGGUGCUUCCCCAACGUCGGCGAGAGCGGGUACGGCACCGGGAGCGGCAGUCCGAACGCCCCGACCUCGCCACAGCGCUCCGGUAACCCCCGCGGCAGCUCGCAUGUGUAUGUCGUGCACCACGACGGCGGCCGCGCGCCGCCCGUCACGGUGUUCACGAGCGAUGGGACGGAGGUGGUGGAGCUGCCGCCGCACUACGAGGCCCCGGCGACGGCGCAAGACGCACAGGAGCGCGGGCUGCAGGUGGAGGGUGAUCCGGGCCCGCGCACGCAGAAGGCGGGCGACAAAUUUCCCGGCACAGGUGCCCCAAAACCCGCACAGCCCUCGCCUAUUCGCAACACAACGACACACAACUCCAGCGGGAGGAACACCGGACUCGGCGAAAACAUCGCUUCUACCCUGAGCCAGCGAAAUACCCAGCAAAUUCACAGCAACAAUACCCCCAACCCCCACGCCACUGGCCUCGACGACCCGUCUCGCGCUCGUGAACGCCGUCUCGAAAUCAUGCUGGACCACGCUACCAAGUGCACCAAGGGAGUGCCUUUGGAGUUCUUCUAUGACCAGAAGCUUCUUGUUCCUCCUACGUCUCAGGAGCUCGCCAAGAUCUUCCCCGAUACCGACGUUUCCGAUAUCUCAAAGAGGUUCCGAGUGGCGCUGAAAGUCAAGAACGGGAAGGAAACCGGAAAGAUCAUGGAGACUGAUGUCAGCAGCAUCUGGGCUGAGUUGGACGAGGCCUACCACCUCUGUCCCGAUCACACCUUCCGGCUCUCCGAAUGCAAGGCAGACAAGAACGACCCUUCCAAGUCCAAAGUCGACGGAGGGUUCUUCCACCAAGACGACAAGCAGUUCCUCCUUCCGGACUGUCCAAACUGGGAGUAUCAACGCUACACCGUCGAGUUCAAGCGAGGCGGCAACGGCCUGGAUCCAUUCAGCGACGACAAGGAUAUCGAGCCCAACGCGGAUAAACGGCGGGCGGCGCGCCGUCAACUCUACGCGUACGCCAGCUGCGUCUUCGACGUCCAACAUCGCACCGCGCUGUACAUGCUCUUCGUCAACCGCUCCAAGUUCCGUCUUCUGCGCUGGGACCGGUCUGGUGUCAUCGUCAGCGAGGCGACCGACUACGCUACGUCGAAGGCCAAGACGAAAAUCCUGCUUGAAGUCCUAGUCAGCCUUGCUCGCAUGCAGGACGAUAAGGACGCCCCCGACAAUAUGUCUGUCCUCCAGAAGGCUGGUGUCUUGACAGUCGAAGCCGAUUUUGACGUCGACGAGUACAACACCGAGGAUCACGUUACCUCCGAACUGCCUACCGACCACCCUGAUCCGCUGGCGACGAUGGAGGAAACAGCUGGGGACGCGUGGCCAAAGCACCUUAAGCGUCGCACCUUCAACUAUAUCCGCCAGCGGUUCGCACACUCUCUCAAGCAGAGUAACGUGCGGUACGUGCUAGUGAUCGACAACAAGUUCUACCUCCGCUUUGUCUUCGUCAAGGACGCAUGGCACCCACACUACGUCGGCGUGGAUCCCGAGCAUGUCAUGGUCAAGAAACUCAACGACGAGAAGGUACCACACGUGCCCACGCUGAUCGCGGCCGAGAGCUACGCUGGCCAAGUCACGUAUCUCUCCACUAUUACCGGCGACCCCUUCUCCGACGAACAGUUCACCUUUGUCCUCGGCCCCUCUUCCGAUGCUGAUCCGUCGAUUUCACUCGCCUCACGUGUCAACCUCCGGCCGUCACCAAUGCGACCUCAGCUCCCCCGGACUCGACCUCCAGCACAGAGCGAGUCGAUGGCCAACAGCAAGACGAACCCAAGAACUGUUCUAGAAGGAGAGUUUCCCUGCGGGGUCGAUCUUGUUCGCGCGAUCCUUCACGCGAUUGUAGCGCACGAGAAAGCGGUCAAGGAGUGUCACCUGCUUCACCGCGACGUCAGCGCGGGAAACAUCCUUCUUUUGCCUCGGUUCGAACACGAUGAGUCUGAGGGCAUGUCGUUGAUCGGAUGGGCCGGUAUCUUGGCCGACUGGGAGAUGGCCAAAAGCACGAGAGCUAUCGGGCCCCGGGUGCCGCUAAGGACUGGCACUUGGCCGUUCAUGUCCAUUCUGUGGCAAAAAGACCCGAUGCGGGUUAUCGGAAUCGAUGACGAGCUUGAAUCCUUCAUGCACGUCUUGAUCUUCGAGAGCGCCAUCUUCAUGACCCACAACUGGGACGUGCGCUUAUCAGGACGUUCAUCGACCAGUACUUCGACCAGUCCUCUCGCGCCGUCGGAGGCGGUCGCACGUGCUCCGACUAUCGCGAUAAGUGCAUCCACGACGGCAUCUGUUCACGCGGGGUCACACCUCGAAUUCCACUCCCUCAAGAACAACAAGACUAAAAAACCCGGCCACCACCUCAACGAACUGCUCCGUUGGUUGCUUCAGAGGUUCAGAGCCCGCCUCCUCGUCCACGAGUGGGAACAGGCGUCGUUGAUCGCCGUCUCCGAACCUGAGUCCGAUGAUGAGGCCGCUCCGGUGGCCCGACGCCCCAAGAACAAGGCACGCAUCGCGGCGAUGGCCGACAGCCUCAAGACGCACGACGCGGUGAUCGCCAAGUUCGAAGCGUUCCUGGAUUUGGGAUGGCCGCUGUUGGACAAGGCGGUGGAGAGGAUCGCACCGCCCGUUGCGCCACAGGCGGGAAGCAAGCACAGGCGUGACCUGGAGGAGGAGGGGGACAAGGAGGACGUAUCGGACACCACGCUGUCGAAGAAGUCGAAGCGUUCGCACGAAGAGCCACCAGUUGGAUCGAGGCGUAGUGCAAGGAUCGUUCGAAAGCGUUCAAAGGGGUCGUCUGGCUAG